AUGAAUGGCGUGGAAUUCGUGCCACCCACCGUUCCUGUACUGCUUCAGAUCUUGAGCGGUGCUCAGCGGGCGCAAGAUUUGUCGCCUCCAGGAUUACCGCUGAGGAAGACUAUUGAGAUCAAUCUCUUCGGUGGAAAUGAGAUAGGUGGAUCUCUGAAGGUUCCCUUUGUUCGACGUACUACAGCCUUCAUCCUGAUGCGGCAAAGAAUGAUACUACCUAUACGGUUCCUUCGUGUUAAGAUCACCGACUACGGUACUUCUCUCAUUGUAUUUAAGGCUAUGAACAACCACACCAUGGCCCUCGAUACGAGCAUUCAUUGGCAUGGAACCAACUUUGAAGAUGGUUCCGCUUCUGUCACGCAGUGUCCAAUAGCGCAGAACAAGUCGCUCAUGUAUAAUUUCCAUGUUCCGGACCAGGCUGGAACGUUUUGGUACCAUUCGCACCUUGUGGUCCGAUACUGCGAUGGCCUGGCCCGACCUUUCAUCGUGUAUGAUGGAGUGGACGGUCAAAAUGACCCUCACCGGGCCUUGUGUGACGUGGAUGAGGAAACUACUAUUAUUGUACUCUCAGAUUGGUACCAUGAUACAACACCAGCACCAAUGGCUACGAAAGUGGGGCCGAAGUCCAAUUCCACCUUGAUCAAUGGGAUGGGUAGAUUUUUUGAAGAUCCCACGGGCCCUCUCUCCGUUAUUACCGUCGCUCCAAAGAGGCGUUACCGAUCUCUUCUAUACGACGCGCUUCAAGCCCGUUAUCGCAGCUGGCGAUCACGCGGGAACGUUGGGAAUGAGAUGACAGUGUAUUUCGGCGUCAGCAAUGUCCUGGACAAGUGUUUGGUAUGCCCUGGAUCCGUUCUCCGGACAACUGUUACCUUCCCUCAGCACUUUGAAUCAGGGACGCAGACGCCCUUUCCAGUAAAGGCGGAGUCGCAAGGAAUACUUGAUUCGAAAUGUUGGUUGACUCCCAAAUACAUUGGGUCCUGCUUGGCAGUGCGCUCUGCCGUCAUGAGCAGGAAAAUCUCCCUUCUUCGGAAAAUUCACAACCAUGCCCGAUGA